AUGGGAAACGAUAAUACCCCCGUUCGUUUAACUUUUCAGGAUGAUCUCGGACACCAUACUACAGAAAAGGCCUCUGCGAACCAACAUAACACCCAAAAUGUCACUGUACGACCCAAGCCCUGUCAGCGUGUUGAGGAUGAGACAGAGGAAAACAACCUUGAGUUUAAUUUAAAAUUGAUAGAGGACGUAGAUGGCAAAAAAGUUAUCGCCGGUGACAUCAUGGCGGAACUGAAACUGUUCGCAGAUGAGAUGAAAUCGACUCGGGUAGAAAUGAGUAUGUUUCGAGAGACGGUGUUAGAGCUCACCACCACAAUCAAAGCACAAAAUAUGCGUAUAGAACAGCUAGAAAAUAAAAUUCAAAUGCUAGAAAGCAAACUUAAUGAGACCCAGAAGUGUAAUGUGUCAGAUUUAGAAGACACCAUCUUGCAACUAAGGAUGGACAUACAGGGAAAAGACCAGGAAAUGCUCGUAAAUGACGUUGAGAUAGCAGGUUUUCCUGAAGUGGGCAACGAGAAUUCGGUUCACGCCGUUCUUACUAUAGCAAGAAAGCUUGGUGUGCAACUCGAGGACCGCGAUGUGGUAUCUGCAGAGAGAGUGGGCGCACCGCGUGCUUUUUUAGAUGGCGAAGCGCCGAGACCGCGGCCACUGGCCGUGCGUUUGGCUCGUAGUCACACGCGUGACGGGCUCCUGGAGGCCGCACGGGUACGUCGUCGCCUCUCAACUGAGGGCAUGGGCUUGCCCGGCGCAACGAGAUCUUUUUACAUCAACGAGCGCCUAUCUAGGUACAAUCGCCAGCUUUUCCAGAAGGCGCGCGAGGUAGCCAGCCGCAUGAACUGGAGAUAUGUAUGGACACGCGGUGGCAGAGUUUACGCACGCCAGGAGCAAGGAAAGGAUCGUCAUCGCAUACAAUCGGAGAGAGAUUUUAACAAGGUUUUUGGGAACUCCUAA